GUGCAAUCCUCUCGGAAAGAGUUCGAAGGGAGGUAACACGUUUAAAUAAUGAGGUAUUUGAUGAGAUCGUAAUAAAGUCUUCACCUACGAAAAUUAAUGUUCCUCGAGCAUGUAAACAGACAUGUUAUUUAUUACACUUUUUGAAUGAGUUGUUUGUUUAGACCGUUGGCUUUCUUCUCUAGGUCGAGUCUUUCUGUCAAAUGGCUUGCGGAUAGUUCGUAUGGCAGUGGACUCGUCUUAUCAGACUUGGAGCAAUUUGCCUUAUCACAUAGUAAAACGAAUAUACGAAUACUUAGGUGAUGAUUGCAUUCUGUCGUCAACUGUAUGCAAGCACUGGCGGGACGUCGUAUUUGCCAAUAGAUCUUUAUGGAAAAAAAUACGUAUAUUUCCUUCUAAUUUUCCAAAAUUUGAAGCUUUCAAGAAUCCGAUUAUACCUAUAAAAAUAUGUUCAGAGAUCAAGUUGGAAUUUAAUCCAUUUGACGAGUCCCACCUGGCUAUUGUAGAAGCAGUUUUGAAUUCAUUGUGUUCAAACAUCAUGUUACAUUCCAUUUCAUUGCGACCUACCGUAAAUGAGCCAUACUCUGAGUGUGUUGCUGGUAUCCGGGACAGAAUUCCUAAAAAGAUGAUAACUUCUUUGUGUGAAGUGAUUACGAAGGCCAAGUGUUUAAAGCAUUUUUAUUGGGUUGGGGGCUUUCAUGACAAGGAUGAAGUAAACUGUGUUUUGCGAUCAUUGAAAUCAAACCAAAAGCAUAAUUUAUUGUCCUUACAAAUUAUCAGAUUAUUUCACAUGAAUCAAUCUAUGUUAUAUUUGGACUCAAAAUCUUUUAUAUUUUUCAACCUCAGCCAAUUUUCUACUAACUACCUACAUCUUUCGGAGGACAUACUUUUAGUUUUAACCAAGAAUGCAAGUCAACUUCGUAUUUUAAAACUUUUUGUACAAAAUAGUAUUCAAGGUCUUCCUUUGAUUCGAAAUCAAGUUUGGAGACAUAUACAUGAAUUACUUCCUAACUUCCGUGUGAAUUUAUUUCUUAUUUGUGUGAAAGAUCUUAAACUACUAGUUCGAUCAAAUUUAAUGAACCAACAUAUGUCUUUCAUAUCAGAUUUUUCUGAAGAGCUUAAUGACCAGUUGCCAGUAGAUUCUUCAAUGUCAGCGUUAUAUUCCACCAGUCACACACCAUCAUCAUCUUCAUCAUACACAUUGCAACAACAACAACAGCAAGAAUACGAACAAGAGAGCGCAGAACAUCACUAUCAUCAUCAUCAUAAUUCACAUCAUCAUUUACCUGUUGAACAAAACCAAAUGAAUCAAUUACUUUCAGAUAGACUUUUGCCUUCUGCUUUGCCUUUGGAUUCAAUUUCUAUCUAUUAUAGUAAACCAGAUCCGUUAUCUUAUCUUGUACAAUAUUUAAUGGAUACAUUUGCUACAAGUUUAAAGCAUUUCUAUUUAAUUGAUACUUUCAGCACAGUAUCUGUGAUGUCAAAUAAUUCUAGCAAUAUUUUACAUAAUACUUCUUACUAUACAACGGACAGUCAUAAUACGAUUUAUAGAUUUAUAGCUAAUGCGCCAGUGAAUACACUAUUAAAAUCUGAUAUUGCCAUUGACUAUGAUAAUUAUGAUUGCGUUGACUCUGACUAUCAGUCAAUGUUCAGUUCCCAUUCAUCAUAUCAUUCAUUGCUACUGGAUAGUACGAGUGAUUUUGAUAUGUUAAGUUGUGAUUCUUCUCAUGAUUUCUUGGAUUAUGAAGAAAAUGCUUGUAAUCAAAAUUAUUACUCAGGUAAUUUGUUAAUGCCCAUUUCCACCAGCCUACCGUUAUCAUCUUCAUCGUCAGGGUCAUCUUCGUCAAUGCCGGUGUUGAGGAGGUCACUUGUAUCACUGGAACAACAAUCACAUCAGUCAACAUCACCAUCAACAUCAAAGUCAUCUAGUGAAGCGGUUGUUCCUAAUGAAUGCAAUACAAAAUCAACAAUUGUAUCACUAGGAGAAGAGAAUGAAUCAACCGUAUUCAGGCAUGGUAUUGUCAACGAGGGUGGUGAUAAUGUUGUUGUCAGAAGUAGUAGUAGUUGUUGUAGUAGUGCAUUUCUUCCAGUGACCAAUUCUCCUGACGAUAUUACGCAAACAAGUAAAACAAAUAUUGAUUUUGUGUCUGAUAAUCACUUGAACAAUCCUUAUCGUCAAACACUUCGUGAAGAUCCACGAUCACUACCUUCAUCAUCAUCGCCACACCUUAUUUUUUAUUCACCGAAUUUGUAUAAAACACUGGAUGAUGUUAAUCCAGACCCAUUUGUUAUGCUGGCAUGGAGAUGCCAGCAAUUAUCACACUUCACACUGAUUGGUUAUUGGUUCAAUAUUGUAGACAUGAAAGCCUUUACAGCUCUACGUGGUUCAUCACUCAAAUCUUUUCAUAUUCCACGUUGUUGUAUUUCAGUUGAUGACCAAUCUUGGCCAUUUAAUUUAGAUGAGAAUUUGAAUGAAAUGUCACGCAAUUUGGGUUACAAAUGGACACCUUUACAAGAUUUAGAUCUUCCUUCAACUGUUUGGAGUCAUCAACCGCCUGAUGUCAAUGCUUGUUUUUAUGAAAUUCAGAAUUCUUUUGAUUUGGAUAAUAUUACAGAUUGAUGAAUAUUGAGAAUUACUAUUUGUUCUGUUCAUUACUGUUAUCUUACUUGUUACUUUUAUUAUUGAUUUCUUAUUUACUACCCCAAUCGCGCAUAUAUAUAUUACAUACAUAUUUCACAAUAUUUAUUCAUUUAUUUAUACUUAUUGUUUAUGAAAGAUAUUCAUGCACACAUUAUUACGCUUGAAUUAGAUUAGGUAGUGUUUCACUUUCCUUGGCUUUAUUUUUCUCUCUUUCAAAGUAAUAUUCUCUAUAGUUAAAUUGAAUCUCGUUUGUGUGUUAUAUUAUCGCGCUGCUAUAAGAUCUGUGUUAUUUCAUUUACUCUAUACCUGUUUGAGUAAUAGUAGUCUCAUUUUCUCACUGUACUUAUUUCACAAGAAAUAUUCUUCUCCUGCUCUACUGACCUUAUUUAUUAUUAUUUUUUUUUGGCCUGGUACCUGGUAAGAGGAUAAUCUCUACAACGUCGAAUUUAUUCAUUUUUUGUGUCUGAAUCCAGUCUGCUUUGCGUAUUAGUUAUAAGGAUGUAUGUGUGUGCGUGUGUGUGUGUACACCUCUUCAGUAAUUUGCAAAAAAAAACAAGUGCUGCAUAUUUAUAUCUCAGGUAAUGAAUUUUUGUAGUAGUGUCUUUUUCAUCUAUCUUUUACAUUUAGUAGUUGGUUAAGCUUUUGAGAUACAGUAUGAAUGUCUUCUUCUUCCUUAUGCAUACAUACAAGCACAUACAUGAACAUACAAGCACAUUUUCUGCCUUUCACAUCACUGUUAGCGUCGUCGCGAUUCUCUGUACGAGUUGUUGUUGUUAUUUCCUCGAUCUAUGCUUAUUAUAUUUAUUUAUUCAUUUAUUAUCUCUUUUUCGAUUAUCAUUUAGUGUAGAGAGAUGCUACUGUUUUACUGUAAGAAUUUACCUUUGAUAUUGCUUAAAAAAAGCUUAGUAAAGAGUAAUAGUUUGGGGGUCAUAUAUAUAUAUAUAUA